CUAAAAUAAUGAGUAAACAUGAUUCAGAUGAAUAGGAGGGUAUUUUAUUUACUAUUUAUAGAAUUCUCUGAUGAGGAUGAUUAUGUUGAUGAUAAACCUAUUGAACCAAGACCAUAUUAAACAACUCAUGAUGAGGAAACCAUUCAAGUAAUUAGAUUUAUAUAUAUUUAUAUAAGGAAAUUCUAUCCUUAUAUGUGAAAGAUAGACCACAUAUCAAAAUGUAAUUCAUUAAAAAGAGAAAGGAAUUUGGGUAUCCAUUUUUAUUAUUCGUAUUUUUAGAUUGCCAUUCAAAUUUAGCGAUCAAGAGACAUCUGAAAGAACAGGAGAAAUUAAGGCAUUAGACAAGGACCCACUUCAAUUAACAAAAAAUAAAGUUAUUGAAAUGGGAAUUCAAGGAUGCAAUCCUGUUUUAGAUGCCUGCUCUCAAACUGUUUGGAAUAGAAAAAUUAAUAAAGCAUUACAAGUUGAUGAAGGAGAUGAAAGAUUAGAUAUUCCUGAUGACGAUUUUAAUCUUCUUAAAUUCAUAGAAACUGUGUAACCACUAAUGGAAGAAGCACUCCAAUCAAAUGAAACUAUUGAUAUAUAUUAAGAUGAUUUCAAUGUCCUUCCAUCAUCAGAUCUAAAUGGAGGUAUAUAAAAUAAGAGAAAUUUAUUUUAGAUUAAAAUGCUGAACUUACAAAUGUGAUCAAAGAAAUAAAAAGCUUCAGUUAUUUAAAUUGUAAAGGUAAAAAAAUACAAUGUAUACAAUUCCAACCUUCAAGUUAAGCGAUAAAAUCAAAAUAUAUCGUUGCAGAAUCAUUUGUAGAAAAUUUAUUGUUUGAAGAAAGAGCAAUUUCAUAAUUAAAGUCUCAUAAAUCUCUUAUAGUAUUUUGGGAUUUUGAAGACAUACAUUCAAUAGAGCCAGUUUUAUUAUUACAAUCACCUCUUGAAAUAUUGGCAUUUGAAUUCAAUCCAAAAGAUCCUAAUAUAAUCAUAGGAGGUGCAAUAAAUGGAUAAGUUAUGUUAUGGGAUUUGAGUGGAACAGCACUUUCUGUUUUUGCAUCUAAAAAAACCUAAAAAACAAAAUAAGAAAGAAGUAUAUAAUAAUAAAUAAAUUAUAGAUGAAAUAUAAGAAUUAUUACCAAAAAUGAUAUCUGCUUUAUAAGAUCCAGCUUCUUAUUAAGCUGGUGCUUCAAAUGAUAUAUUAAAAAAAUAGGUUGCAUCUCACAAAAGCCCUGCUUUAGCACUUAAAUGGUUUCCAAUAGGAAUGGAAUUUGAUAAAAAACACUUUAAUCAUCUUAUACUAACUUCAUCAUAAGAGACUUAUUAAUUUGCAAGUAUUAGUUCUGAUGGAUAAAUAUUGUUUUGGGACACUCGUUUAAUAGACAAGGACAGUAAAAAAACUUAAUAAGAUGUAAUGAAUUGAUAUAUAAAGAUAGAUUUAAUCUAUACCUUGGAAAGCUACAUAUGGAAUAUAACUAUAUCGACCUGAAGGAGGUGGAAUGAUGGGAGGUGGAUAAUUAUAAUUUAGGAAGAGUAUUUAUAUUUAAUUUAUAUAUAUAGAUUAGAAAGUACCAACUUUAUCAGGAACUUCAGAUGAAGGUGAAGUAUUUAUAUUAGAUUGGGGAGAAAAAUAAGGAGAAGAAGGAUAAAAGAAUUAAUUAGUCACAACAAUAUGGUAAUAAGCAAGAUGCAUGAGACCUCCUAUUGCAUUAGAUGUUAGUCCAUUUUUUGAUGAUAUUAUACUUACUCUUUAUGAUUUCAAUUUUUGUAUUUGGAAACAUAACUCAAGUUUACCAAUUUUUGAAAGCUUUAUUUUAAAAGGAGCUCAUAUUACAUGUGGUGGAUUUUCUCCAUUUAGAGCAGGUGUUAUAAUAGUAGGAAAAACUGAUGGAAAUUUAGAUGUUUGGGAUAUGUUAGAUUAAUCACAUAAAUGGACUAUAUAAUUUUAAGUUGUAGCUUGUGCAAUAACAUCUCUUAAAUUUAAUGAUAAUAUGGCACAUAUAAUGGCUGUUGGAGAUUAAGAUGGAACCUUACAUUUAUUAGAAUUUCCAUAGAGUUUAUGUAAAGAUUAAGGAAGUGAAGUAAAAGUCAUGAAAGCAUUUUGGGAAAGAGAACUUAAGAGAGUUAACUAUUUUUAGGAAAGAUUCAAAUUUAGAGAAUAAUAAGCAAAAUAAUAAAAUGAAAAAGAAAUUUUAGCUCAAGCUUCUAAAGAUAUAAAACAAACUGGAGAUGUAAUUAUUCAAUUUAUUUUUUAAGAAUAAAGUACUUGAUGAUAUUUCAAACUUUGAAAAUGAAUAUUAAAAAUUUAGAGAUACAUUAUUAGGAAUUGGUCCUAAACCUGAAGAUGAUAAAGUUAUUAGUAAAUCAAAGAAGUGAU